CCUAAUCUAACCCUAACCUUAACCCCCAACCCUAUGGACGAGUUUCUAUACAAUAUGCAUUAUGAAUUCAGAACUUCUGAGCCUUUAUCAAACCUCAACCAGUUUUUAACUCAUGUAAAAGAAGAAUAUCCACUGUAAUUCAUUACUUUCUUGUAAUAUAUUUUUACUUUAUACUGUCUUCUGAUUGGCUAAUAAUUGAAAUUGCUCAAACGCUUCUCACUGGCUCGUCCCUAAAUUAGAGUUUCGCCGUUCCAUCUGUUUUUACCUCUCAUUAAUCACCUCCUCUCUAAAAUCCGCUGUGAACCGACCGUAUGUUGGCAUCGCGUGUUGAACUUGGCUCCGUGACCUUGAGAUUGCUCAAACGCUUCUGAUUGGCUCGUCGCUAAAUUAGAGUCUCGCCAAAUUAGUUGCUGUUAUUUGUGACGCUCCAGCUCGCAGCAACGUCAAGUACAUUGUGGGACACAAUGGUUUCGCUGGCUGUGACAAAUGUCAGGUUUUAGGGACGCGAAUGGGUGGUCGAAUGACUUUCCCCAAUGGUGAACACGACUUAAGAAAUGAUGUCACUUUUCGUAGUAGGUCCCAAUCUAUCCAUCAUCGUGGUACAAGUUCAUUUGAAAAUCUGCCAAUGGAUAUGAUUAAACGUUUCCCCUUUGAACCCAUGCAUAUGAUUUACUUAGGUGUUACCAAAAAACUUGUUUCGUUAUGGAAGGAGCUAGCUAUUAAGCGACUUAAUGGGAUGGAUCAAUCAAUCAUCGCAUCAAUAAACGAUGCUCUAGACUCAUGUAGACAACACACUACAUACGAUUUUAAACGGAAAUGUCGUUCACUUAAUGAAGUUUCUGUAUGGAAAGCAACUGAAUGUCGGUUGUUCUUAUUAUAUUUAGGACCUGUAGUUCUUCAUAAUAGGUUACCACUAUCAAUGUACAGAAACUUCCAGUCACUCUCCUUGUCUAUUUAUUUAUUAUCGCACCCUAAGUUUCAUAGCACUUACACUUUGCACGGAACCAGAAGAAAAUUCGGGAUUAGUAAAUACAAAUUUUACUCCACGGUUCAAAGUGCUUUGUGUUCACACUUCCGGAGUGCGACCUGUUCGGAAAAGGAAAUCACGAACGCCAUGGCUACAGCAAGCCAGGCCUUCUUGCAUGACGCAAGAGAUAAAGUACAUAAACAUGGAUGGCGAUCCAAAGAAAGGCUGGCUUCGCAGGCAUUAUCAGACGUUACUAACAUUAUCAAUGACAGUUCUACGUCUACGUAAGGUGUUGCUGUUACAACGCAUAGAAAAACUCUUUAUAAAUGAUUCAUUUGUAAUUUCGUUAACUGUAAUAAACAUUUAUAUAUUUCAUAAA